UCAGGUCAGAUCAGACAAAUGGAGGAAGUGAAGAUUUCUAAGAAAAGCAAAGUGGGCAUCCUGCCUUUCGUCACUGGGUUCGAGGAGUUGGCCGAACUCGCUGAGACAAUUUUCCGUAACGCAGAACGCCGAGGAGACCUUGACAAAGCGUACCAGAAGCUCAUCAGGGCUGUUUUUGUGAACGUGGAGAAGGUGGCCAAUGAAAGUCAGAAGACGCCGCGAGACGUUGUGAUGAUGGAAAAUUUCCACCACAUCUUUUCUACAUUGUCACGUCUGAAGAUUUCCUGUCUGGAUGCUGAAAGGCGAGAGGCCAAACACAAAUACACAGACCACCUGCAGUCGUAUGUGAUCAACUCUCUGGGCCAGCCACUGGAGAAGCUCAAC